AUGGACUCCAAGAAUGACGACUCUACCGACAACAAAAAUAACAAUGAGGAUCACCGCCUCAUGAACUACCUCCGCCGUCCAUACGACCCGGCAUCUACUAACAUGCUCACCAUUCGCACCAGCUGGGUUCGCACCAUGCACCAUGCCGCCCAAGCCUAUCUCCGUCAAAUGACCUCGACGCCGUCGACGACCAGCAACAUCACCGAACAAGACAUCUUGUACGCCUUUAUUUGGCAUCUGCUCACUCGAGCGCAAAUCCAUGGCAGCGGCAGCGGCAGCAGCAGCAACCAUGACAGUGUCGUCCCCGGUAACAACCCCGUGGAAGUAGUAAAACUUGUCACCAUCGUCGACGUCCGCAGCGCCCCCUCCCCUCCUACUCACACCCAAAGCCAGAACCAACUUCACCCUGACUACCACCUCCCAGCCAUCGCCACUGUCCCUCUACAGCAGUUCCUCCGCCCAGUCAUCACCGACGAGACAGGCAUUCCCCAUCUCCGACAAUACGCCCUGCUUGCCCUUGCGAUCCGCUCGGCCAUCGAAGCCGUGCAAGCGCAAGCUGGCCAGGAAGAUGCGCGGCGACUUAAGAUGGCGGCGAAGAGGGAUUCGAGUGAAGGUUGCGGAAGGCUGUUGGGUAUCUUUUCUCUUGAGGAAGCGAGAAGAGAGGCUUGGAAGGGGAUGGGGUAUGGAGAAUCGCAUGAGAGACGGAUGGCGACGGUGGAGAUUGGUUCUAGGAGGAUGUCGUCGUCAUCGAGAGAGGAUGAGAUGGAGAUGGGAUUGGGGGUACACACUGUGUAUAAACCAUCGACGCCGGCCAGCGCCGACUAUUAUGCGAUUGUGUUCCCCAUGACUGGGGCGGCUCAAGGAAGAAUGGGAGACGGGAAAUGGAGGGUGCAGCUACAUCUGCAUCCGCUGGCUAGGCAGUGGUUGAGGAGGUGGAUGAAUGAGAAGCCUGAGGAGGCUGAAAUUGAGCCGAUGAUUCGGUGA